AUGGGUUCCUUUAUUGGUACCUUUCACCUUCCUGAGGCACUGGACUUUCAAGAGUUUGCAAAAUUUGCUUUCAAUGAAUAUGGUGAUAGAGUGACGCAUUGGGUUACCAUAAACGAGUCUUAUGAGUUUAGCCUUGGUGGAUACAACACUAGAGAGAAAGCAGCAGGAAGAUGUCAUAAAUACAUCAAUGAUAAAAGCGAUGGUGGUGAUUCUCGAUGUGAAAAGUGCAAAGAUGGGAAGAUUGGUAUAAUCCAGAGUCCAAUGUGGUUUGAGCCUUACGAGAGUGAAAAGAGCUAUGGAUUUCACUUCAGGCUGGUGAGUGUCUUUAAGCAAAUUAGAACAGGCGAGAUUGUUGUUUUCAAUAUUGAUGUAAGUGGUGCUUUGUGUUUGUGUCUCGUUCUGUUCCAUCAAACCAUUAUCUUACUUCAUGAUAUACCCAUCGUCCAUCGUGCCAUUGAAGUAAUGUUCUUUUCUUAA